AUGGUAUCAGAGGAUAUAGAGACAGCCUUGAUUCUUGAAGACGACGUUGAUUGGGAUAUCAAUGUUCGCGACGUUUUUGCGGAACUCAGCCGUCAAAUGAGCUCCCAGAAAGAAUUCAACCAGCUGACUCCGCAAAGAGAACCGAUUCCAACUCCAUAUGGCUCUGGUUGGGAUAUCCUUUACGUGGGCAGCAGCUCAAAUAUCCCCAACCUGGACAACCUACCACCUCGCUAUAUUUACCAGGACCCAAAUGCCCCAGAGUACGACCACGUUGGACGGUCCUACAGGCUCGAAAUGGAGUUGUGGGGUGUGAAUACCAGUGAGCAAGCAAAUUCGCGUGUCGUGGCCCCAUCAUGGUAUCCUGUGGGAGCGCUGGGAUAUGCUGUGACUAAAAGUGCCGCUCAAACCUUACUUUACAAUCUUGGCGGCUACCAGGGUCUUCAAUCACCAGUAGAUCUUGCCAUGAUCGGCCUGAUACAGAAGGGAGUUUUGGAUGCAUAUACUGUUAUACCACCGCUGAUUACGCCGUUUUGGGUGGGAGGGGCCAGAGACAGCGACAUUAAUGAGGAGAAAGAUAUGGAAGAAAGCGAAAAACGAGUUCUGGGGUCGGAAAACUUGAGGAACAGUGCAAGAUUGGCGCUUGCAGACUUGGUCAAGCACUGA